AAGAGCCGGGGAAGGGAAGCGGGCGGAGGAAAGACUCGUCUCCCAUCCCCGCCUCCCCCUUCUGCCAUCCCGGCGGCAGGAAGGGAAGGGGCAGGCUGGGGAAGGAAGAGGAGGGAGGGAAGGAAGGAAGGCACGGCCUGCCUGGCUGUGUGCAGGAGGAGGGGCCCCGAGCUGCUGCUGCUGCCGCCGCCGCCGCCGGACGACUGGGGCUGUGGAGGCGCCGGGGCCUUGGGCACACCGAGCCGGGAGAGACGGACCCGCGGAGCAAACGGGGCGAGGCCGGCCCCCCCACCCCCUAUUGCUGGGCGCAAAGCAGGCAGGCAGGGAAAGCCCCCAGCGGAGCAGGCGGGGAAAGGAACCGAGACAAAGAGCGCUGCCCGCCGGGAGGAGAGCGAGAGAUCCCGCUUCUUUCUCUCCCUCCCUCCCGCUCCUUUCUUCUCUUCCUGCUGCCAUUCUUGAUCCGGGCCGGAGGAUCCCCAACCGGAGCCCCCAUCAGGGUCUUUUGCAAGUAUAACUUAUUGAAAAGUCCUUGCUUUCAGUGUCUGGAUCCUGAAUUGUGUGCCAAAGAGAGACUCCAUGAAAGAUGACAGAAGAAGUUAUUGUUAUAGCAAAGUGGGAUUACACUGCACAACAGGACCAAGAACUCGACAUAAAGAAGAAUGAACGCCUGUGGCUGCUAGAUGAUUCCAAAACAUGGUGGAGGGUAAGAAACGCAGCCAACAAAACAGGAUACGUGCCAUCAAAUUAUGUUGAACGAAAGAACAGCUUGAAGAAGGGCUCUUUGGUUAAAAAUCUGAAAGACACAUUGGGUUUGGGUAAAACAAAAAGGAAGACAAGUGCUCGAGAUGCUUCUCCGACUCCCAGCACUGAUGCAGAAUACCCAUCCAAUGGCAGCAGUGCCGAUCGGAUUUAUGACCUGAACAUCCCAGCCUAUGUUAAAUUUGCCUACAUGGCGGAGAGGGAGGAUGAAUUGUCCCUUGUGAAAGGAUCUCGAGUCAUUGUUAUGGAAAAAUGCAGUGACGGCUGGUGGAGAGGGAGCUACAAUGGGCAGAUUGGCUGGUUUCCCUCAAACUAUGUAGUCGAAGAAGUUGAAGAAGCAACGGCUGAUUCCCCGAGUUUUCUAAGUUUAAGGAAAGGAGCAUCCAUGAGUAACGGCCAGGCCAUGAAAGUUCUUCAUGUUGUCCAGACACUGUAUCCAUUCAGUUCCGUCACAGAAGAAGAGCUCAACUUUGAAAAAGGGGAGACCAUGGAAGUCAUAGAGAAACCUGAAAAUGACCCAGAAUGGUGGAAAUGUAAAAAUUCCCGAGGGCAAAUUGGUCUUGUUCCCAAAAACUAUGUAGUAAUUGUAAGCGAUGGUCCUACCAUUAAUGCUUCCCAUCCACCUCAGAUAAGUUACACGGGGCCCUCUUCUACAGGACGGUUUGCUGGAAGAGAAUGGUAUUAUGGGAGUGUUACUCGGCAUCAGGCUGAAUGUGCUCUGAAUGAAAGGGGAGCAGAAGGAGACUUCCUUGUCAGAGACAGUGAAUCUUCGCCCAGUGACUUUUCAGUAUCUCUAAAGGCAUCAGGGAAGAACAAACAUUUCAAAGUGCAGUUGGUGGACAGUGUCUAUUGCAUUGGGCAGCGGCGGUUUAAUACUAUGGAUGAGUUGGUGGAACACUACAAAAAAGCUCCCAUCUUCACCAGUGAACAUGGGGAAAAGUUAUAUCUUGUCAAAGCACUUCAGUGACGUCGAAGAUGGACUAGGCCAGACAGGCCUCUUCUAACUUACAAGCCUUAGGUCCUACAUUCACUUUUAUAAAGCAAAGCAAUCUACAGCAAUCUGAAACAGUCUUCAAAGAAUGACCUCUUUCUAAAGUAUUUGCUUGGUUGGUUAUAUUCUCUAUUCUAUUUCCCCGCUCUCCUUUUUUUCCUCUUUGUUUUUUUUUUAAACUUCAGUUGUUUCACGUUCCCUCAGGUUGAAAAUUUCACUUAAAUGGAUGUUGCAAGCCCUCGUUUUCCUCCCCGGGCUGUAAGCUCCCCUCCUCCAUGUACGUUUACAUAGUUAGCUCACAUAACGAGGGGGUGUUCUCAAUUCAAAGCAGUGUUAAAUUGUUCGGAUAGGCUCACGCUGGCAGAAUGCUAGCAGAACUCCUCAUUAAGAGACUUUGGGCACAGUUUGAAUGCACUGAACCUGCAGCUAAUUAAGUGAAAUAUAGUAGACAUUAACAGUUGUGGCUGUGAGUUCUGUAGCUAUUUUGCUUACCAAGUAGUAUAUUCCAGAAAUUCCUAGAAGCACUCUUUACACCCUUUUCUCAACUAUUACAUUGCCUCCUUGGCUCUUUGUGAAGAGUACACUAAUUAAAGCAUUUUGUAAUAGUACUUCUUAAACUACUACGGUAAGAUUGUAGUAAAAGAAAACUAUCUAGCGUAUUUUGACAUGUAAAUGCAACAGAUGUUUCAUUGAAAGUUGAUUACUUAGAGAAUCAUUGAAUUGUAAUGGUUGAAUGUUUUGGUAAUCUCCAACCAAAUGUGCCAUCUACAUAAUGCUUUUCUCUUCUUACCCUUCUGCUUGUUUGAAUUAAACCAUUAUGUAUUUAAUUCUUAAAGUAAUAUGUAUCUGUAGCUGAUUGACACUAAUAAACAUAACUAAUUAUAGGUGGGUGGGGCUUCCAACACAUACAUGCAUUUGUAUAAUAUAUAUAAUAUAUAUAUAUAUAUUUGCAUUUCCAAGAAAAAAAUCAGAGUACAAAAAGUGGAGUGAUUGGUAGUAAGACACACAGAAUGUUAUAUGACGAAAAUGCAUUUUCUGUUUCUUUACUUUUAACCUUCUUUAUGGUUUUUAAUAUAGUCUUGAUGGCACAUUCCUGAAAAUCAAGAAAAGGACCUUGAUGAUCCCAGAAUCUUGCAUACCCAGUUUUUUGGAUAUUGUAAUAAAAAAAAGGAAUCAUGUGAAGAUGGAGUAUUGAAUUUAUCCUUGGGUGAUGACUGUGAGUUGGUAUAGCAUGAUGAAAUAUGAUAAAUUCCCCCAUGUGUGGAGGUUAGAACUUGAGUGAUCAAUCUGUUGGAAAGAAAAGCUUGAUGUAUGUUCCGUGGUAUUCUUAAUUUUGUUUAUUUUAUUUGCAGUUCAUAAGUUAUUUGUAGAAUCUACAACAUCCCCUGUGGCUAGAUGCUUUGUUUUAUUUUUUGUUAAAAUACGCCUCACUGAAAUCUAAUGCUAUAUUAACUUUGUGGUUUCGGCAGCCUUCCCAGUUGUGUUGGUAUCUACUCUAAAGAGCUUAUCACUGGCAGUUCUUUAACUCAUCUCAGCAAAUGCCACCGGCAGCAGUCUAUAUUAUGCAAGCAAUAUUGUGGGAGCAAGAUACUACCGUGGUUCCUAUCGUUGGAGCAGCAGUCAUUUGCCGUCUGGUCCAGAGUACCUUAUUUAAAUCCAUUUAGAUGACAUUUGUUUGUUUUGGAGCACACGCCUUGUCCUAGAAUUACUCUUUAGCAGAAGACUUGUGGCUUACAGCCUCAUUUUUGUGGUGCUUACUACGUGGACACUAGUUCAUGUGCCAUAACUGUAAAUGUGUCCAGCCACCAACUGUCAAGAUUUUUUUGAAGCCAAAUCAGGAAGUUCUUUCUUGCUGGUAUCCUGCCUGUAAGAAGCUGGCAGCAGACAUUUUUUUGUGUCCACAUUUCUUUGCAACUCCUACCACUUAGCUGGUGGUUAAAAACCCAUAUGCAUAAACGCUUUAAUUAAAAUGAGUUUGGCCAUACGAUUGUGGAUGAUUUCAUCUAUGAAUGUCUAGUAUAUUUGCAAUCAUGUUAGGGUCAUGGCCUUAGUAUGGUAACCGAUACUCAGGAGUAAUCAUUCAUUUUUUAAUCUCUGAAUUUUAAAUUGUGUUGCUUUUAAAGUUUGUUGUGACUUUUAUUGUAUAUUUUCUGUGGUAUAAAGUUUUGAUGCUUUUUGGGGGGCUGCUGUUUUUCUUAUGUUGUUUCUCCCAAGCUAAACAGUUUCCUUAACAUUUUCCAUAUUUCAGAACUGGGGUGUAAUCUACCAAAACAAAACAUUUUCCCGCACUAGCGCUACCGAAAUGCAUUUCAACAGUUGUUAUGCAUUAAAUGUUCUCAAAACUUUAUCCAGCAUUUUUAGGAUUCUUUUACAAGCUGAGAAAUUCAAUUUGAUGAAGUUGAAAAGGUUGCAAUAAGUUCUUUUUUAUAUAUAAUAGACCUCAUAUUCUCUAUUGCUUGUCAUCUAGAUACAAUAUAAAGUUGAUUGCUUUUAUUGUUAAAAUGUGUUGAUCAAGCUCUUCAUGUAGAGCAAUUAGUAGCUUAAUUUAUCACACCUCAAAGACAAAUAAAAAUAGCUCAAAUGAU